ACCGAGCAAACACACGUAAUAAAUUCGUUUUGGAAGCUACACAACACCGGUUUUACCCUGAAGUUUUCAGUGUGAUUUGGAACAACACAACAGAGACACAGGAUGUCUACUUAUAUCGUUAAACGGGGCAAUAAUGUGGAGCCAGUGAACAAGAAAGUUGAGGAAGCCAUGGCGAUGGAGUUGUUCUUCACGGAGCUGGACAAGACCGCGACAUGCCUCAUCUGCAGACAGAUUGUUUUGUUCAGGGAGUUUAAUAUGAAGCGGCAUUACACCGCGAAACACGCCGCAGCGUAUGACCAGUACAAGGGAAGGAAGAGGAAAAUCAUAUCGGACGAGCUUCUUGCAGACUUUAACAUCUCUAGCGAGCCUUCAGCAGACACAAAUGAGAGAAAAGAAGACGAACCAGCGGAACCUAAAAAGAUCUCGACAGCCAUGCCAAGUCUAAAGCUGAUCUCUGCGACCGACACACAGUAUUCAGCAGCUGUGCUGAAGUCGAUGAAUGAGCAGCGAAGCCAUGGAUUAUUCUGUGAUGUCACCAUUAUCAUACAAGACAAGAAAUUCAGAGCUCACAAAACAAUGCUGUCUGCAUCAAGUACAUAUUUCCACCAGCUGUUCAGUGUAGCUGGACAAGUGAUCGAGUUAAAUUUCAUCAAAGCAGAAAUCUUUGAGGAGAUUCUCAACUACAUUUACAGCUCCAAGAUUGUCCGCGUCCGCUCCGACAUGCUUGAGGAGCUCAUCAAUGCCGGACAGAUUCUAGGGGUCAAGUUCAUUGCAAACUUGGGGUCACCGUUAUCACAAGUUAAAGGUCUGCCUGGUUUGUCAAAGGAGACAGAGACGGAGAGCAAAAGUGACACUCCUACAGAGAUGAUGCCCAUCAUCACAGAGUCUUUCUCAAUAUCUGCAGAGGAAUUCAAUCAGACAAGCAGGCCUGCAGGUAACGACGACGAUUCUGACGGAGAUGUUAUGUUUGUCUCAGAAAUAGACGCUCAAACCAGAGCAGCCAGUCAGAAAGCCAAGUCUAAGGAGAUCAUUGAUUUGGUUGCAGUUGACUCAGAAAAAGCAGCAUCAAAGAAAAAUGAAGAAUCAAAUCACACGGUUGCAAAACAGAAGGAAAGCCCAAAACCCAAAACCCCAUUAAAGACAUACAGCACAAAGCCCCCCAGCGUCAGUUUGCCCAACAGCAGCCCACUGCACAGUCCAGACAGCAGCUCCAAUAACUCGUCUUCCCCUGCCAGAGUUCUCUCAGGAAGCGCCCCUGCAACACCAGCCAGGUCAAGCAGUUUCACCCCUGAGCCCUCGAGUGCCUCACAGUCCUCUGAAAACAGUGAUCUGAUUGGAGUCCAGAAGAAGCAGGUCUCUGCUUCAUCUCAGCAAGGGGACUUCAAACUAAGGAUCUUAGAUGUGUCUGAAGGCCAGACACAUCAAACUAACAAAUCAGCUAUAGCGGCAAAAAAGACAGUGACGCUCAAUACAGCCACAGAGAUUGAUUCCAUUUCAUCAGGCUGUAAAGUUUAUGCCAAUAUUGGAACAGAUACCUUUGACAUUGUCCCAGUAAAGGAAGAUCCAGGCGAAGGGGGCUCUAAAGCCAAUAAAGGGAAGAGAUCCUUAAUGGCGACGCCCUUGAAACCCUUAGAUAAAGCACCCCUGUCACCGAAGCUCAGCCCAAAGAAGAAGAGGACCAAAACAGAGCUAGAGGAUCACUACGAGCUGAUCAUGGACGGGAAGACUUUCUAUGUGUGCAUCGUCUGCAAGCGGCCAUACGUGUGUCUGACGAGCCUCCGCCGCCACUUCAACACCCACUCGUGGGAGAAGAAGUACCCCUGUCGCUACUGUAACAAGGUGUUCGCACUGGCUGAGUACAGAACUAAACAUGAAAUCCACCACACAGGAGAGAGGCGGUACCAGUGCUUGGUGUGCAAUGAAAUGUUCAUGAACUACCAGUUACUGUCCACGCACUGCAAGCAAGUCCACAACCAGGACCCCUGCGGCAGGAAAGAGAAAGACGAGACGGACAAUAACUUGUACCGACUCCUGCCUUGUAAAACGGUGCAGAUGAAGUCGUACUCGUGGAGCACCGACGGGCCGGGAGUCCCCGUCAUCUCUGAGGACGGCAGCGUGCAUCACAUCACCACAGACGGAGAAGACGUCCACUCCUCCACCCAGAGCAGGAUGUUGAACUGGGACGACAUCUUUGUUGAGCCCGAUGCUCACAUGCCGCCUGAUGCUCGUGCUAGACCGGUGUCGGCCAUAAACUCUCCUCAACAGGCAGCCACAGAGUUUGACUUUGUUAUACCAGAGACGUACUGAGCAACACUCGCUGGCUGCUCUGUUAGCUGUGCCUUUUAGGUGCCCCUACCCUUUCUUCCUUUUUGGUUCCAUGUCAAUAAUAUUCUUCUGUAAAUCUCAAUAAUGUCAGCUAGAGAUACGGUCACAUUAGCAUCUCCGUUUAACAAUAUUUGUGCUGAAAUAUUGUAUUGAACAUGGUAAUGCUUUAAUUAGCCAUUCGCGCCGUCUUCAGUUGAAGUUAAAGGAAGACGGAUCGACUAGUUGCAGGGUGGAAGUGUAAUGUGACCAUAACUUUACUCAUGUUACUCUGCUUGUCCGAUAGCAUUGAUCUUUUAUAUCAUUGGUAUAAAUGAUAGUCAGGUUAGCAAAAUAAGGGAUGCACGAUAUGAUAUAAAUAUGAUUUAAACCAAUAAUUACUCACGUUUCAUGACUAGCCAGUGCAGAUAAGCUAGCCAAUGACUUCACAUUUUUUAGUUUAAAAAGAAGUUCAUAACCUUUAGUUUGUGGCUGAGAUGUAGAGAGCAAAAUUUAAUGAUCCCGUCCUUUGGAAUUAAAGUUUUUUUUUUUUUUUUUUGUUUCUACUUGCCAUUCAUACUUAUCAAGAACAAGACAUGCAAUCAGAUAAUGGCCAUAAUGGCUGAUCAAAUAAAUAAAAUGACAAUGACUUACCACCUCCACCUCAGAAAAAUGUAAUUAUCCAAAUAACAAAUUAUAUACAUCCCAUUAUGGUCUGAUAUUUUAAUGGUACAGAUAUAUAUCGUGCAUCCCCAGUAAAAAUACAUAGGAGUGGUUAACAUGCAGAAUAAAAUAGUUUGUAUGGAUAAUAAAAGUUCCACGCAGGAAUUAAAAACUGCUGCAGAAAUGUAAGGCAUACCGCAAUAUCUGUAAUAAAAAGGCAAGUCAUGUAUGUUCAUAUUUUCACUGUAGAAGGAAAGUUCUAGUGAUAUCAGGCAGAAGGUUUCAAGUAUCUGAAGUAUAGAAGUUUCCUGUUUCAGCAGCGGUUUUUAACCUUUAGGACACAAAUCGGUUUCAGACAUUAAGCAGCCCACCGACCUCUGUUUCAUUAUAUGUAAACUGGAUUUACAUAUUUAACAUAAAACCUCAACCAGUGGUUUGCGAGUAACCAGGGGACUUUUUUUCACAGGAUACAUCAGUUAACUUUGUGAUUUCAACAGAUUUGUGUAAAAUACAGGAUGUUUCCAGAAAUGUGGUAAAACUUUGCUAAAAUUUUAAAUCCUUCACUGAUGAAUGCAACAAUCAAUCACGAAUGUGAUAGAAAAUUCAACACAUAUAAGGAGUUUCUAGACUGAUCAUUCCUUGUUCCCAUUUAUUAUGUCCGAGAGAAUGUUAAUUAUGAUCUGAAAUAUAUUUUUUCAUGAUGUGUUUGUUGCUGAUCCCACAUGUGGGUGUUGUGGCAGGGAAAGUAUACAAUGGGUAUUUAAUUUUUCAGUUAUGGCUUAUUCUUUUUUUUUUUUUCUACCAUUGAACACCUGUUUUAUUUUGAUACACAUGUACAUUCUUAUUUUCUACGCUUUCCAUAUUGUUUCCGAAAUGUUGAUCUAAUGCAAAAGUCUACCAGCUAUGCUAGAGAUUUUUUUGCAUACAAAUGUGAUAAGAUUGACACAAACUGAGAUUAUUUCAGUCCGUACAUAUGGCACUUUGUGUUCGAUCGGACAGAAGGCUUUUUUUGUAUAUUUUUCACUCUUGUUUUUCCAUUGUGUCAAAAUGUAGUGAGUAAAAAAGUAGUGCUAACAUGGGAAUCUAUUCUGCUUCAUGUCAUCCAAUAAAAUCACGCAGGAUUUAUAAAUUAACAUUAACAAUUGUGUGUGAUGUACAGUUUAUUAAUGCUUUUUUUUUUACUGUUUCAGAUGUAUUUAUUAGGUUUAUAGUGAUAGACAUGAUGAAAUAGUUAAAUACUCAGUUCUGUUGACAUUGUAAUAAUUAUCCUUUUUCUGUCAAUUAGCAAUGAGGGUUUACUGAUGGUAAAUAAAUUAUUCUUUUACUA